CAUUAAAUCCACUCUGGGUAUAAUGGAACAAGGUGGGAUGGCCGCUGUGACGCAGCUCCACACUGCCGUCGGAGCCUCCCACCAAACUAAAAAUGCUUACUGAUGGUCCUUGACCAUUUUUAAUCAGACUCUUAGCUAGUAUCGCUGGCCUUGCAGCUAUAUAGAGCUCCGAGACGCACCUCGUAGGACAUUAUCAUUACACCCAUUCAACCUAAUUGCUCCCAACCAUACUCUACGAAUCAUGGCUCCAACUUUCCUUGUUGUCGGUGCAACAGGCAACACCGGCCAGGCCGUGACCCAAACCCUCCCAGCCAUUCUUAAAGCAAACGAGACCUUCUCCAACCACCGAGUGCUUGCCUUGACUAGGUCUCUUUCCAGCUCCGCGGCCCAAAAUCUUGCGGAAAUUCCCGGCGUUGAGGUUGUUGAAUAUAACUGGACCGAUAUCACCGCCGACUGGCUCCGCGAACAGCAUGUUGUGCGCGCCUUUAUUGCUUCCCACAACGCACCUAACCAAUUCGCUGAAGAGUCGGCCUUCCAUGUUGCCGCCCUAAAAGCCGGUGUCGAGUAUAUUGUGCGCAUUUCCACCACGGCGCCCAAUGUCCGUCCCGAUUGCGAGGCCUACUAUCCGCGCCAGCACUGGGCUAUCGAAGCUCUGCUUGGUUCAGCAGAGUUCAGUGCUUUAGGAUGGACCUCGCUCCAGCCAAACGCAUUUUUGAACUUUUAUCUUGCCGUCGCCGCCGAGUAUAUCAAGCAAUAUAGACAGACUGGCGAGCCGGGCACGCUCAGGUUAAUGGCGUCUAAAGAUGCGCCUGUUGCUCCCAUUCACCCAGAUGAAAUCGGCAUUUUUGCGGCUCACCUUCUGGCCCAGCGUGAUCCGAGUGCGCACAACCGGGCCAAGUAUAUCGUGAAUGGACCGACGGAUAUCACUGGCGAGCAGCUAGUGGGCUUGGUAGAGCAGCAUAUUGGCACGAAGGUGAAGGAUGUGAACUAUCAGGACUUGAGCUUCUUGGAUGCAAUUCUGGACAGUGACUUUGGAGGUCCGGGACAAUCGAAGACUGUCAUUGGGUCUAUCAGGUAUGCAGUUAGGACUAUGUGGGAGGGGAGAUGUAAUGCUUCAACGACUAGUAAGGAGGUUUUGAAGAUUGCUGCGCCAAAGCGGACGCCUGCGGAGGUGCUAAGGAGCCUGCUGGAGGAGUAA